GCCAGCCCAGUGCGGAGACCCUGGAGUUCUUGUCUUUGAACUGGGAUCCAACCUGUCCAACCAGGCCGCCCACUCCCAGCACCUAGAGCCUGACCUAUGAAUCGCGUCUCCGCCUCCUGGUGUGUGUGGGGGCGGGGGCUGCCGUCUGGCCCGCCCUCCCCACACCCAGUACUCUGGCCUCCAGUCCGAGGAGCAGACUGGAGGGCGCCCCGGAAGCCAUGGGUAUGUGUACACGGUGGCUCCUCAGCACCCCACUCUCUGUCCUCUGCUUGGACCCCGGGCUUCGUGGAGAUGCUCCCCCUGCCUUUCUCAGCCCACCCUUCGCCCGCAGAGGUCCUGGUUCUAGCCAGAUACCGUGCCCAGACAGAGGAUGAGCUGAGUCUGGCGCCUGGGGACGUGGUCCGGCAGGUGCACGCAGGGCCGGCUCGGGGCUGGCUGCGCGGAGAGCUGGGGGACCGCAGCGGCCUCUUCCCCAAGCACCUGGUGCAGGAGAUCCCGGAGGCCCUGCGGGGUGUCUCAACACCAAGACCACGAUGCGCGCGCAGUCAUCCCGCCAAGUCUCGGGGUCCCCAAAGGUGGUGCAAAGUGAACUUCGACUACAGUCCAAAGCAGACCGACGAGCUGACACUUCAAACUGGGGAGAUUAUGGAAGUGAUAAAGGAGAUUGAGGACGGCUGGUGGCUGGGGCAGAAGAACGGGCAUUUGGGAGCCUUCCCGUCCAACUUUGUGGAAUUGCUGGACAGUGGGCCCCCAAGCCUUGGAAACACCGACAUGCCUUCAACUAGCCCUGAUUCUCAGAGGCUUUCUAAGCUGAGCAACCUGACCUAUGACAGCCCUCCAGACUACCUGCAGACUGUCUCCUGCCCAGAGACCUGCAGGGUCCUGUUUGACUACCAGCCUGAGGCGCCGGAUGAGUUGGCACUGCAUAAGGGGGACCUUGUGAAAGUUCUAAGGAAGACCACAGAGGAUAAGGGCUGGUGGGAAGGAGAGUGCCAAGGCAGAAGAGGAGUUUUUCCAGACAACUUCGUGCUGCCACCGCCCCCAGUCAGGAAGCUAGUCCCACGGAAAAUUCUAUCUCGGGAAUCAGUUCUUAGUAAGGAACCAAAAAAGCUGGUACCCAAAACAUCCUUACCCACUGUCAAGAAGCUGGCAACAGCUGCCUCUAUGCCUAGCAAAGCCAAGACAUCUUCCAGCCCAAGUUGGGAUGGUCAGACACGCCGAGAGUCAGGGUGCAAUGGCCUCAAUGGAGGUCUCAGGCAACCUGAGAGAAAACAAUCCAGAAUCCAGGCUUCCCGGCGCUCUAUGUCCCGUCAGAAGGAAGAACAGAGCAGCCUGGCAAAGGCCCCCUCCAGGAAUAAGACCUCCACCCCAGAGAAGACCCUGCUUCCAGAUAAGGGCCCAGAGAAGAUGCCCAGUCCUGACAGAGUCUCCACCCCAGGGAAAAUGCCAAAUCUGGAGGAGGAGGGCCCCACCCCAGAGAAGGCCUUGGAUUCUGUUAGAAUUCCCACUGCAGAGAAUAGUACUAUGAAUGAGGCCCCUGCCCUAGAAGCCCCACCUAUGGAUGAAGCUAAGGCUCUCACCCUGAUCUCUACUCCAGAGCAGAUGCUUUCUGAAGAGGUUCCUCCCAGAGACAACACUCAGUGCCAGCACUCGUCUCAAGCGGAAACCCUGCAGGGGUCCGAGUCCUCUGUAGAUACCAGGGCUCAAACCCCAAAGGAUAUCCACAUGCCAGGGGAGUCCCCCCAACUGCCUAACACCUCAGAGAGGUGCUGCUGUAAGGUAAAACAAAGGGACAGCUCCCUACCCCAGUCCAAGGCAGUGUGUGGGUCCCUCGGGAAGGAGCCUACAACCCUCCUGAAAGGGGAACCUGCAAAAGAUGAGACUAUUCUUCAAGAGGAGGCACCCUCCAAAGAGGAGACACUUCUGAAAGAGGUGCCCCCCAAAGAACUGCCUUCCAAAGGGGUGGCUCGCAAAAAGCAGGUGCCCCCUAAAGAGGCAGCCCCCACUCCCCAAGUCGCACAUAGUACCCAGCAGAUGGCAGACCCUCAAGAGACUCCCACAGUUCAGCCUUCUGUCCCCACAAACUCUUCUCAAAACGAGAAUGAUGGCAUGGAUGUAACAUCCCUAAGGGAGGAGGUGGAGACACUAAAGAGCGCGAUAGAGCAUCUGGGGCUGCAGCUGGAAAAGAAGAUAAGCGACAUCUGGGAGGAGCUGAAGACCGAGAGGGAGAAGCGCCAGUUGCUGGAGGUGGGUGGAGUGCGUACUCAGGAGGGAGGGCGGUACCUGGCAGCCCGGUCACUGACGCCCUCUCCCGACUAGGUUCAGAUGAUGCAAAGGACCCAGAAGUCCAAACAAACAUAGACGCAAUGAGGACGGGCCAGGAGGGCUCUCUGGCGGACCUGGAGGGACAUCCGGCUUGGGCCACCUCAGUCCUUGAAUAGGACUUUGAAAAACUCCAAGAAAGUAAACUCUGGACGCUCCAAAAGGCCUGGCUAGGGGCGGUGCCGACCAGUGCACCGCCCUCUGCAUUCCUAGCGGUCUCUCCAGGGCACAUCUGGCCAACAUGUGGCUCCCAUUACCAUUCUCAAGGCCUGUGCAAGGCUAUUUUUAUCCACCGGAUGGGGGGGGCGGAGGUUGUCUCUCUCCGAUGCCAACCCCACCAGCCCCAUGCUAGAGGCGGUGGAGGCAGGAGGGGCCCAGGCCCGGAACCCAGCUGUGCGCUGGAGAAGGGUGGAGCCAGCCUUCUCCCUGCCCAGCUCCUCCCAGUUAAGCCGCUGUCCACCCAAAGGGACUCCAGGCCACUAGUUUGCAAUGACCCUCGGCCCAGAUGCAACUCCACCACCCUGCUCAAGCACACACGGUUACAGUGUUUAAUAGAACCUUAGCGUCAAGGUCGGAGCCCCAGGCCUCAUUGAGUGAUGGCAAUGACGUCCUAGCCCGGCGCACAGUAAGAACUAGGAGCUGUUUCCCCAGGCUUCGGUACGGAAAGUAUUUGUAAGGGACACACAAGAUACCUGCCUUGUGUGGGGGGUGGGGGGCGGGGUGGUGGUAUCUCAGUCUGUUCCUAAUCUGUGACGUG